CGCUACGUAAACACGUGCAUCUCACUGCUUCCAGUUUCAGCCCUUUCACUUCACCGUCAUCCUCGCGCUACUUACAUCACUCCUUGACAACAGCAGCGAUGGCGGAGCCCGUAGCAUCGGAUGCGGCGACAGCAGCAACGGACGAAACGCACACGGCUGCAUCCCCGACACCUGGCCUUUCUCCCGCACCGAGCCCGGGUUCGGAACCUCCAUCCAUGGCUCUGUCUCCCACGGCAGACGGCUCGCAGCGGCUGCUGUUUUCCCACGACCUGGUCUCCGGACGGUAUCGCGGCUCAGUCCGGUACGGCAUCGUUCGGAUGAUUCACGGGGAGGAGGAUUUUAACUCGGAUUCGGAACUCGACGAUGGCGGAGGGAGAGGCGGCGGCGGUGGGGGCGGCGGCGCAGGAGGCGGAGGACGAAUCCCGUGUGGUUCGGAUACUGAAAGUGCCGUGGACACCCCGAGUCGGCCUCUCGGUAGGGGGUUUGUCCGCGUGCAGUGGUACCCCGAAGGAGCCAAGCAGGACAUCAGAGAGACAAAGCUGAAACUUGAAGACCGAUCUAUUGUCAUUAGAGACAUCGUGCGUCGGAACAAUUCUGCUGACAACCAGUGUGGUAUUGUGACCAACAUUGAUAUUGAAUGUGCUGUGAAGUUUGUGGGAACAAAUUGUGUUCUUUACCCAGUAAACAGCAAAGACCUGCAGCACAUCUGGUCUUUUAUGUACGGCGACUACAUCGCUUAUGACUUCUGGCUGGGUAAAGUCUACGAUCUGACCAAUCACAUCAUCCUCAAGCUCUCCAAUGGAGCCAGAUGCUCCAUGAGCGUCGAAGACGGCGCCAAGCUAUACGACGUCUGUCCGCAUGUCAGCGACUCGGGUUUGUUUUUCGACGAGGCGUACGGUUUCUACCCGGGCCAGGUUCUGAUCGGCCCCGCUAAGGUCUUCUCUAAUGUACAGUGGCUGUCAGGGGUCAAACCUGUCCUAAGCAGGAAGUGCAAGUUCAGAGUGGUGGUGGAAGAGGUGAAAGUCGUGGAGCUGAAAGUGACGUGGAUCACCAAGAGCUACUCUCCUCAAGGCUCUGACAGCGUGUAUCCACCUCCCUCCACCAUCACACAGGAAAAUCUUCACAGGGUGAGGCGCUUGGGUUACUAUGACCACACCCAGAGGGAGCUGGGAGAAAGAGCCCUGUACAUCAUCCCUGCCAAAGGCAGCGCCACAUGCAUGACCUGUGACGGACCCGAAGGGGCCCAUUUUCUACCAGAGGACCCCAUUGCCAGAAAGCUAAAAAGAGUUUUCAAAAAGGAGUCUGGAAGGAAAACGGAACAUGCUGACCUACAAGGUGACCACAAGUCGGAGCAGACCGACUCGCCCCAUCUCAACAACGGCCCGGUAACGGCGGGUCAGAACCCGGUGGAUCCAAAGAGCGCCAACGACAACGCGGCUGAACACGGAGAGCAGGAUGCAGAUGACGAAGGCGCGGAGGACACUGAUGACACCAGCUCUCUCACAUCGUCAGCCAGCUCCACCGCCUCGUCUCAGAGCGGCGGCCUGGGAACCAACCGCAAGAAGAGCAUCCCGCUCUCCAUCCGCAACCUGAAGAGGAAGCAUAAAAAGAAGAGGACCAAGUUCUCCCGAGAGUUUAAGCGUGGAGACCGGGUGGCAGUGGAAGUUGUAUCAACAAAGACCACCGCUGAUGUGAUGUGGAAGGACGGACGGGUGGAGAGGGGGAUCAGGUCCAACGACCUCAUCCCCAUCCAGCACCUGGACAGCCACGAGUUUUGCCCCGGAGAUUUUGUGGUUGACAAACGACCCCAAGCGCUGCAGGAUCCAGGCGUGUACGGCGUGAUCCAGUCUGGGGACCAUAAAGGCAGAACGUGCGUCGUCAGAUGGAUCAAACUGAACUCCACAGGUGACGACGUCGAGGUUAUUGGUGUGGAGGAGGAUGUCAGUGUGUACGACAUCGCAGAUCAUCCAGAUUUCCAUUUCCGCACGGCGGACAUCGUCAUCAGAAUAUGGAACUCCGAGAACGGACAGAACGACUGCGAGAAUGAGACGUCAGUGGGUCAGGUGUCCCGGGUGGAUGUGAGCAGUAAAGUGGAGGUCGUUUGGGCCGACAACUCCAAAACCAUCGUCCUGCCACAACACCUCUACAACGUGGAGUCUGAGAUCGAGGAGACGGACUACGACUCUGUGGAGGACACGAGCAGCGUCCUGUCCACGGAGGAGUGGGAGGACGAGAGCGACAGCUGGGAGACGGACAACGGCGUCACCACCGAGGACGACAGCCACGCCAACAACUUCAACGCCACCUACACGGUGACGCCCAUCCCGACGCCAUCCGGGUCUGCCCUGUUCAUCAUCCCACCACAAGAGGGCAGCAAGGCUGAGGUGUCGAGUCCCACCAAGGGAGCGCCGGGAGAGGAAGGGGAGGCGUCUGUGGGCAGUCCCACGUCUGGAGGAGUAACGACUCCAGGAGGAACCGUAAACGGAGCGGAGAAGCCCAAUAAGGACGGCGCCUCCCGAGGCUUCAGAGAGCUGAAGGAAGCGCUGAAGAUUCUGGAGAGCCUGAAGAACAUGACCGUGGAGCAGCUGUGGACAGGCGGCUCGCCGACCUCCCCGACCUCGGCCGAGCCGGCCUCCGCCGCCAACGUGGCGAGUUCUCUGUCGCCGGCAGCGCCCGAGAAACCCACCAAGGAGAAACGCUUCCUAGACGACAUCAAGAAGCUCCACGAGAACCUGAGGAAGACGCUGGACAACGUCGCCAUCGUGGAAGAGGAGAAGAUGGAGGCGGUGGGGAGCGGAGGCGCCGGAACGGAGGCCGAGAGGAGCGGAGAGGAAAAGCCGCAGCAGGAGCCGCAGACGCCGGUGGGGGGGCAGGAGUGGCCCAGCGAGUUCCUGAGUGACACUCCGGUCCUGUGCCAGCAGAGCGGAGGGAAGCCUGGCGUGACAUUCACCAGCGCCAAGGGAGAAGUGUUCUCAGUGCUGGAGUGGGCACCAGAGACUCAUUCGUUUAAGAAAAUGGAGUUCCAGCCAGCAGAGGCCAAGAAGUUUUUCAGCACAGUGAGGAAGGAAAUGGCUCUGCUGGCCACAUCGCUGCCUGAUGGGAUCAUGGUGAAAACAUUUGAGGACCGAAUGGAUCUGUUUUCGGCGCUGAUCAAAGGCCCGACUCGGACCCCCUACGAGGACGGGCUCUUCCUGUUCGACAUCCAGCUGCCCAACAUCUACCCGGCCGUGCCGCCGCUCUUCCGCUACCUGUCGCAGUGCAGCGGCCGCCUCAACCCCAACCUGUACGACAACGGCAAGGUGUGUGUCAGCCUGCUGGGCACCUGGAUCGGCAAGGGAACCGAGAGAUGGACCAGCAAGUCGAGUCUGCUGCAGGUUCUCAUCUCCAUUCAAGGUCUGAUUCUGGUCAACGAGCCGUACUACAACGAGGCGGGCUUCGACAGCGACCGCGGCCUGCAGGAGGGCUACGAGAACAGCCGCUGCUACAACGAGAUGGCGCUGAUCAAGAUGGUGCAGUCCAUGACGCAGCUGCUGCAGAACCCUGUGGACGUCUUCAAGCAGGAGGUCCAGGAGCAUUUCGCCUGCAGCGGCUGGCGGCUCGUCCACCGCCUGGAGGCGUGGCUGGAGCUGAACGACGCCGCCGAGCGCAGCCACGCGCCACACCCGGCCGCCAGGGGGCUCCACUCCAAGGACGAGGCGCCGGUGGCCCACAGUAGCCCCGGAAAGCCCGGCGAGGACGGCGUCCCGGGCGUCAGCAGCAUCCUGGAGGAGGAGCUGGAGGACUCGGGGCUGAGCCCGUCCACCACCGCCGCGCCUCCACCGGACCUCAGCCUCAACUCGGACUGCGACGGCACUCAGAGCGGCGCCUGCCUGGGCGGGGACAGAGCCAGCUCUGCGGCACGCGGCGCGGCGCCGGAGUCCGGUCCCAGCCAGCCGGUGGUGCGACCAAAGAAGCGGCGGAAGAGCUACCGGAGUUUCCUCCCGGAGGGGAGCGGCUACCCGGACAUCGGCUUCCCUCUCUUCCCGCUCUCCAAGGGCUUCGUGAAGAGCGUCCGCGGCGUGCUGCAGCAGUACCGCGCCGCGCUGGCGGCCGCCGCCGUCCCUGAGCACACAGAGGACAAGUAAGUGCCUCCCCGACUCACACCUGCUUCCUGCUCUCUUCCUCUCUUUCACCUUCCUCAAGUCUCAGAGGAGGAUGGUCACUGCCUCCAUCUGUCGGCCUCCUGUGCUGCGCCGCCACCGCCCUCUUCCCUCCACCUCUCUGCUCCUGCUGCCCGCACCUCUAAAACAUUUCCUCUCACUGAAAGCAGCCGGGUCUGGACUUAUUGUAGGUUUCACUGUAAAAACACAAAAUCUUACCAAGUAUUUGUGGUCUCGUUUCCAGUGCAAAUGUCUUAUAGCAUUUAAAAUAAGAAAACUAGUAACUUUUCAGCAUUUUUUUUUAGCACAAAAUAGUUCUUAGAUAAUGAGGCUUUAGUCUGCUCAGUCUUUUCUAUUUUUAGCUCCUUUCUGAUUGAGCUGUUUUAGGUGUGUCUUGUUACUUUAAAUCCUUAUAAACUGAACAAACAGGCUGGAACUCAGCUUAGGUUGCUAGGAAACGGGCUGGAACUCUUCUGGGGUUGCUAGGUAGCAGGCAGUGGCCAUGGAAUGUGAUUUAAUAAUCUGAGGUUUUUGAAACGGCUCAUUUUCCAGACACCCAAAAAAUUUUUUUACUUAUUGUCAAAAAACGUCUUCAUAGUUUUUCUUAAGCAUUUUAGGCUGUUUUAAGAAGGAGUUGAGACACAAAUGGAAAGAUCAAAGCGCGCAAAAUCAGAAUUCAGAAUAAUAUUUCUUUGACUUUGAUGAAAAAUUAUUAGUUGCACUUAUAAGACAUCAGUGAAAUAAUCUGCUAGUAGAACCAACACUUUGUAAUCAAAAUUCAAGGAAUUAUUUACUUAAAACAGCUCCUAAAAGUUACUUAUGAGUUAAUUUUGUCUUAUUUCAAGUGCAAUAAAUUCUUUUCACUAGAAACAAGAUAAAAAAAUACUUGGUAAGAUUUUGUGUUUUUCCAAUAUCCCCUCAUUUUUUGUGUUUUUCUCUCCUUUAGUUACCCCUCAGAUGAGUGUGAUGGCUAACACACACACACAUACCCACACACACCUUCCUGUGAGAGCAGGUAGAAACCAGUUCCCCUCUGUCACCUGUCUAACUGGUUCCACUGACUGGGUGGGGCGUCACUGGGUUGCCCCUGCAGGCCGCUGGGGGAACUGCAGCUCUCUGUAGCACUCCUGACAUCACAGCUGCACCUGAAGGACGCCGCCGCGGUUCGACCCGCUGGGGGGAAACAUGGCGAGCACAAACUGUGAGCGUUCACCGGCUGGAAGCUUUCUGCCAAAAUCCCCAGAAACUCGCUCCGUCACCGAUCCUGCUGGUUUCCACCCGGCCGACCUCUCCGAGGCGGAGCGGCAACGUUUACACGUUUGAUGAGCUGCAACUUUGUGCUUUGAUUCAGCCGAUUAUUUUUUAUUUUUUCCUCAUAGUUUUCAGAGUAAAAAGUUGUGUUAUACGUCAGCAGCGUCCACUCCAUGGUGAUCUCACGUCAACAUGUUGCCUUACUUGAAUCUCAGACGUUGAUCACUGACUCGCACUAAAACAAAGAAAAAGAAAAAACACUGAAAUGUAAAGUCUCCAGUGGUUUCCCGUCGUCCUUCUGGCUGUUUGCACAUGCAGGCAAAACGUCACAACACAAACGAAGGGGGCGGGGCUUCAGAGGUGAUCCAAUGUGAACCCAUUUUGUUUUGUUCUUUUCAUUGCUUUGCUGCAGAAUGUGUUGUGAAAUGACCUUUGGGUGCUUCCUGGAGGAAUCAGCAGUCUUUGUUUACAUCUUUUUAGAUUCAUCUAACAUUUUACACAUCAUGACUCCCUCCUCCCCGUCGUCUGCGACUCGCUCUGAUCCGAGAGCGCCGGUUCUCUCAUGUUGUACUUGAACUUUGAUGCUGAGACGUUUUUGAUAAAGAGCACACGGUGCCACUUCGGACCUCGGAGAAGAACUACGAGCCAAGAGCUGCUGCAUUUUAAAACGAAUAAAAAUAUGAAUGAGUGCGUGUUUUUUUGCGUCGUCUUCCGUGUUUUUUCCCAUCAUUCCUCUCUCUCUCUCUGCGUUUUAUUUUGUUCGCCUUUAACGCCAAGAGGCGACGCCGAUCACUUUAAAGAAAAGCUAACACUCUAGAUGCACACUUUGAGUUUUUUUUCUCCUCAUGAACAAGCAGAAAAUGUGAAUUUAAAGUCCGGCAGGAUGUCGAACCUGUAAAGUUUCCUGUGUGUGUAAAUUGUUCCCAAUUUAAUCCAUUCUUCUUAUUUUUUACUGCAAGCAGUUUGAUUUCCAGCCAAAGCAUGUAACUUGUUGCUUUAAGCCUCUUUUGGCUCCACAAAGAACUUGACUGUAUGAUGUCUGCAUUUCCACAGUGGCCUGUUGUUGAUAUAUUUAAAGAAAAAAAGAGCUAAUAAAAGUAUAAUUUGUAGCCUGAUUCUCUGUACAGACAUCAUGACUCUAUUGAAAUACAUACAGUUACUUACAGUAUAUAUUUAACAAACUUGGGUUGUAUCAUCGGGAUGCUUGGGGCGUAUAAGUACAUAAUGCUGAGUGUACUGUACUAAACAUUUCUUGUUUUCCUUUUUUUUUUUAAUGGAUUAAUUUGUUGCUUUAAGACGACUGUAUAGUGAUGUAUUAAACUUUGCAAGCAGUACCAUGAAA